UUCUCUCUCUCUCUUCCACGUUAACCCUUCCACUCCCUCCAAAUCUUACACCUCCACUCUCUCUAUCGCCGCCGCCGUAUAUAUAUAUAUAUACACAUACAUACACUCUGGCUAUGCAAGGCGUCCUCCGCUACGGACCGUUAUCGGACGGCGGAGUGAGGCUAGAGCUGAGUCCGACGGCCGCCACGGCGUCUCCGCUCACCAUCGACGUCGCCGAGACGGCGGAGGUCAAAAUCCAGCGCCUCAUAUCGGAGAAUCCGGUGGUGAUCUUCAGCCGCGCCGCCUGCUGUAUGUGCCACGUCAUGAAGCGCCUCCUCUCCACCAUCGGCGUCACGCCGACCGUCAUCGAAUUGGACGAGGACGAGAUCGGCGCCCUGCCGACCUCUCCCGCCGCCGCCGCGGAGGAGGACGGCGGCGGCGGUGGUGGCGCCGGCGCUCCCGCGGUGUUCAUAGGCGGGACACGUGUCGGCGGGAUAGAGAGCCUCGUGGCGCUCCACGUCAGCGGUCGCCUUGUUCCAAAGCUCGAGGAAGUUGGGGCUCUCACCAAUAUGGUAUUGUAAUUUCCGUAUUCCAUCAGGGACAUAUUUGUAAUUUCGCCGCCUAGCCCCAAAAACAAUAUUAUAGUUACUAUAUUAGGAGAAAAUUACCCCGUAAGUCUCAAAUGUUGAUUUGGGUAAUUAAUUUCAAUUCCCUAUAUUUUAGAACCCAAAAAAAAAAUUAUUGUAUAUUAGGUGGUAAUGUUACAAGGGCAAAUAAGUAACUUACACGUGUCUAGAACUUGUGGUCUUAAAAUGUUCUUUAAAUUAUUAUUAUGAUUAUUAUAAAUAUUAUAAUUAUGCA